AUGUCUACAAAAGACUUCAGUGCGAUCCCAGUCCUCACAACGGGCAACUACCUCGCAUGGUCACAAAAGAUAGAUCGAUAUUUCACACUCAACAACCUCGAUGAUCUCGUCUACGGGCUUGAACUCAGCCCAGACUCGGCACCUAAAGACCCUUCCCCCGGUACGGAAGGCGAGGGGAGCGAGCGUUCAACCUCCUCCAAACAAUACGUUGCUGAUAAUGCUUACGAAUGGAAACGCCGCGCAAAACAGGCCUCCGCAGCCAUCACACUCACAAUCGAUGAGACCAACAUGAGCCAGAUCCGCAAACUCAAAGGGGAUCCGGUCUCAAUGUGGAAUAAACUCGAGUCUAUUCACAAUGCAAAGACAUCAGUGACCCGCUUCAGCGCGCUUGAGGCAUUCUUCACCAAGACGAAGGCCGAAGGAGAGCCUUUGGCGUCGAUCACAGCCGCCACCAAUGCCCUCGAGGAACAAUUUAGAUCAGUCUGGACGACAAAUUACGAUGUAGACGCACUACUAAACGACCUUGCUAUGAUGUCGAGCCUCCGCAUGAUCCCGCCUGAAUCGAUUCACGUCCGAACUUCGCUACUCUGCCAGCCAAAUCUCACCCGAGAUGUAAUAGAUGCAGCUCUCGUCAACGAGGACAAUCAGCAACGCAGGAACUCGCAGCCAGCCAUCGCACUCCGGGCAGCCACUUCCCAGCCCACUGCUUAUCGCAGUACACCUCCCCACUCCUCACGACCAAAGCCUACGGUCGCUGAACGCACGCCAGGUGCCAUAUGUGAUCAUUGUGGCAAACGGAACCAUACAGCCUCUCAGUGCUGGUCGAAGGCUGAAGCGACUCGUCGCAAGCAAGAGGCCGCACGUGUUGCCAUCACUACAGACGGUUCAACUACUGUACCAAAUGCCCAUGUCGCUCAGGCAAGUACCCCCUCCUUACCAUCUACGGCUAGAUCUGACCUGAACGCCGACACAGGGGCUACUCGGACAAUGAUGAGUGACGAAAGUUAUUUUACCAUGCUCCGCCCCUUGGUCAGGUCGAUCAAACUGGCCAAUGGUGAAAGGAUCUUCUCCACUGGAGAAGGGGACGUUGUGUUUCAGCCGUGGAUAGAUAGUUACUUUAGUUCUGACCUCGCACUUUCCCUAAUGUCCUCUUUGCUCCCGGCUUACAAUCGAAUCUCGUCUCAGUUCUCUCAAUGGCACGCAAAGAAGGAUAUGAUAUCCGCAUUAAUUCGAGGCAAAUGGAGUUCUACCUUGAUGGCACAUAUCGCGAGUAUACUCAAGCUGGACCGCGAGCUGUGGCAUCGCCGCCUUGGUCACUAUCACCACGACGGAGUUGACACAUUAAUCCGCCAUAAUCUGGUCAACGGACUCAAGCUGGACUCAACUGCAAAGCCAGACCCUAUAUGCGCCCCGUGUAUUGCGGGCAAGCAAACUCGAGCACCCCAUACAACGCCAGCAACUCACGCCACCACUCCAUUAGACCGGGUCUUUAUUGAUUUAAAAGGCCCAGUCAAUGUUGAGUCCAUGCCACACCGUGCCAAGUACUGGAUGGCUAUGGUGGAUGACGCAUCUAAUUUUGUCACGCUCUCACUCCUUCACUCGAAAGAUGGAGCAUUCAGAGCGUUCCAAGAGUUCCACAAGCUCGCUGAGAAUCAGACGCACCAGCGCUUGGUACACUUGCGAGAUGAUAAAGGCGGCGAGUUCAGUGGCAAAGAGUUUGAUCAGUACUGUAUCUCCGCUGGUAUUACAAGAGAACGCACCAUAGUGGCAACACCGGAGCAGAAUGGACGAGUCGAGCAAGCAAACCGAUGGAUAGCAGAAGGGACAAUCACUAAACUUACAGAAUCAAACCUUCCACCAUCUUUUUGGGGUCUCGCUGCACUUGCCACUGUCCAUGAGUUCAACCGUGCCCAAGUUCACAAUGGGAAAACCCCGUAUGAACAUUGGCAUGGUGAUCCUCCGAGCGUUGAUCACCUUCGAAUAUUUGGAUGUCUUGCCUAUGUCUUCAUUCCAAAAUCGCAGCGUGAUGCCCUUGACUCGCACACUGACAAGUGUAUCUUCGUGGGGUAUCCAUCUGACCGCCCUGGCUGGGCGUUCUGGAACCCGCAGACACGAAAGAUUAUACACAGCUACAGUGCUGUAUUCGAUGAGAGAGUCUUUCCAGGCACUUCGUUCGCAAAGGAAUCGAUUCCGAACCCCUCUGACUACAUCCAGCUGCCAGAUCUCGAGGAAAUCAACGCCUUUCCAUCAUCCAUUCCACCUCCAAACACUCAACCUCCUGUUUACGUUUCAGGGAGACCUGUACCUGCACCUAUUCCUCACGAGCCUGCUCACGAGCCUGUCCCUCCACCCACACCAGAGCCAGCACAACCUAAACCCGCAGCUCCACAACGCCUGAGUCGCGAACUGCGAGCACUCACUGAUCAUACCAAUUUCGAGAAGGUCCCUACGAAUCUCCCAGCUCGACGACACACAAUUGCGCGGCAGCCAGGCACCUUGACUGAAUCUGACUCGGACCUUGACCUAAAUGAGAGCUCCGACGAGGAUAAUGUCCAAUUAGCUGCUGAAGAAGCGUUCUUACCCUCAAAUUACAUCCCUCAUGUGUCAACUAAGGCUCGACGCUGGAGACCUAAGCCGAAUUUCGAAGCGCCGGAUCAUAUCCUCAUUCCCAUUGUUGAUGACGUCGAAGCUGCCUUAAACGCAUCUACAAGCCGCGAGCCAACAACACUAGGAGAAGCUCUGAAACGCCCUGACGGCGACAAGUACGUCCAAGCGGCUAUAGAAGAGGUCAGAGCUCACCUGGAAAACGGCACGUGGAAGCUUGUGCGACUCCCACAAGGCAAAAAGGCUAUCGGCUCACCAAGUACAAGGGACGCAUUGUGGCCAAGGAUACGCACAACGAGAGGGAAUCGACUACACAGAGACCUUCGCACCAACAGCUCCCUCCGCACCAUCAUAGCACUUGCAGCACUUGAAGACUGGGAGCUAGAGUCAGUAGACAUAUCAACCGCUUUUCUCAAUGGUGAGAUUGAUGCGGAAGUCUACAUGAGAAAGCCAGAAGGAGUCGAGUUCGAGGGCUAUGAAGGCACGAGCUGGGUGCUUCAACUUCUCAAGGGCCUCUAUGGAAUCAAACAAGGCCCUCGCAUCUGGUCUGUGAAACUACACACUGUCCUAUCCGAAAUUGGAUUCAAACGCCUCGAAAGCGAUCACAGUGUCUUCAACUACGAGCGUGACAACGUCAAGAUUAUUGUACCAGUCCACGUUGAUGAUCUCCUGCUCGCAUCAAAAUCACCAGACGCCAUUCAAAUCGUGAAGAAUGAACUCAAGGCGCGCUUCAAAAUCCACGACCAGGGACCUACCUCAUUCUUACUUGGUGUCAAACUCGAGCGUGACAGCCAAUCCCGCACUAUCUCUCUUUCUCAGCCAGCAUAA